AUGGCCGAUUUUGAUCAUUUUACCAACUGUGUCGCUGGCCAGUCCAGACAGGGGCCAAAGGUUCAUCGUGGGAUUGACCCGUCGACCGGAAAGUCUCUGUGGGACGUUCCCGUGGCCUCAGAGACAUAUCUCGAAGAAGCCAUCGCUUCGUCGAAGAAGGCGUUCGCUCCCUGGUCGAAAACAUCUUGGGAGGACCGCGCACAGCAGCUGCUGCUCGCUCGAGAUGUUUUAUUAGAGAACAAGGCCAAAAUGGCAGAAUUGCUGACUAAAGAAGUUGGGAAACCAAUUCAACUCGCGCACCUAGAAGUGGAGCAUGCCGCAAACUUUCUUGAAUUCAAUGCGAAACAAAAGCCUUUCAAGGAACGCAUUAUUCAAGAUGAUUCGGACCUCAAGCUUACAGUUGUGCAGAAGCCCGUUGGUAUAGUUGCCGCCAUCUGCCCUUGGAAUUUCCCGCUUGUGCUGGCUAUGGGCAAAAUCGCUGCGGGCUUGAUUACGGGCAAUUGUGUUAUUGUUAAGCCAUCACCGUUCACCCCAUACUCCAUAUUGAAGUUUGCAGAGCUCGUUCAGCAUAUCUUCCCGCCUGGAGUUUUGCAGGCGCUUAAUGGCGGCGAUGAUCUGGGACCACGUCUAUGCACCCACCCAGAUAUUGAUAAGAUCAGCUUUACUGGCUCAACCGCUACCGGGAAGAAGAUCGCCAACGCUGCUGCUGGAACCUUGAAAACCGUGACGCUGGAACUCGGAGGUAACAAUGCCAGCAUUAUCUGUCCAGACGUGGACCCCAAUAUCGUCGCGCCCCAGGUGGCAGUCGGGUCCUUCUUCAACUCAGGACAACUAUGUGUUGCCAGCAAGCGGGUGUACGUGCACGAGGACAUUUACGACCAGUUCCUGAAAGUCAUGGUAGAGACCGUGAAGCAGUGGAAGGUUGAGCCCACUUCCAGUCUCCAGGAAGGAAUUAUGCUCGGUCCCAUUCAGAACCAGAUGCAGUACGAUGUCGUCAGGCAGUUCUUCUUGGACAGUGCCAGCAAUGGGCACCAGUUCGCCCUUGGCGAAACUCCCAAGGAGUCCCCCGAGAACUUCAUCAUAAAACCUGCCAUUGUCAGCAACCCUCCAGACGACUCUUUGGUCGUCACUGGCGAGGCGUUCGGCCCCAUUGUUCCAGUCAUGAAGUGGAAGGAUGAGGACGAUGUCAUUCGUCGCGCAAAUGACACCCUUACUGGCCUGGGCGGUGCUGUCUGGUCGAACGACCUCACGCGGGCCCAGGCAAUCGCAGAUCGCAUCGAGGCGGGCACAGUGUGGAUCAACAGCUUCGAGAAGCCUCUACCCCAAGCGCAUCUGUCGGGAUAUAAGGAGAGUGGGUUGGGUGGGGAGUGGGGCCGUGAGGGCCUCUCAGCUUAUACCAAACCUCAGGUCAUACAUUGCUAUAAAGCCCCUGUGGUUGCGAAAUAA